AUGUCGUCGAGUUUGCCCCGACCGGACGCUCCGGCGUCGACUACUACAAGCAGCACCCAGCCGCGCAAGGAAACACCUCGCUUCUGGUCAAACCAACUGCUCAUGAGCCGGAUAUUUGACGAUGGCAAGUGCCGCAAGGAUUCGACGCGCUCCUGGGCCGAUCGGCUUUCCCCAGGCCGACUGUUCGGCGAAAGCAAAGGCGACGCGGCGGUCAUCCUUCAAAGACAACCCCUGGUCAAGUCCAACACGGUUGUACCAGAACCCAACUCCUCACACUGGGCUUUUCACCGUCUCAACCGGGCCGACGGCCCCCUUCAGGCUGAGGUGGCUGUGACUACAGAACACCAGCACCUUAAUCCCCUCGACUCUGCCGCUGUUGCAAUCUGGGCUAAGGCAGCACAUCUCGCGCUACGUGAUGCCCUGGACCCCGUCGACGACAACGGGAAUACGCCUGGCCACCAGUCUGGCAGCGGAGGGCUCUCGCAACGACUAUUUAUCGUGCAGGACUCGGAAUUCGAGUUUUACUUGCCCCUGCCGCCAAACGUUGACCUGGUCGUCCCGCCGACCCCGCGGAGCCCUCGUCCCGGCGCGACCGGCCCGGCGGUGCCCUGCAACCGUCCUAGUCCUACAGCCAUCCCCCCACCGCCAUCGGUUACCUAA